GCGCCGUUAUUGUAGUAUGCGCUCCGAAGCACUCUGCAAAAAGGAGGACAUUCUUGAAUGUGUAAAUAGAAAGGCAGAUGACAAAAAACUGCGACACUUUUCAAUCAGUCGAUAUGGGUUAGUGGAUAACGAUGUUAGAAAAGUUGUAUGGCCAAUUUUAGUGAGAGGAAAUUGCGAACUACCAGAUAUAGACCCUGAAAUGGUAAAGCACCAUCCAAGCUAUCAUCAAGUUAAAUUGGACACAUGUCGUAUGACAAGUUUAAUGCCUAAGGACUCAAAUCCCGAAGAAAUUGAAAGUAUGCAACAAAUUGUUACUCGUCUAGUGAUUUCUGUAUUAGUGGAUAACCCUUCUUUACAUUAUUAUCAGGGUUUCCAUGAUAUUUGUUAUGUAUUCUUUUCCGUUUUGGGUGAAAGAGAAUCUCGAAUGUUACUGAAUAAAUUGAUCCCAACUCAUUUCAGUUUGUUCAUGCAGAAAUCUAUGGAUGUAACUCUCGAAUACAUGCAAUUGAUAUUCGCCUUGUUAGAACAUGUUUCAACUUCUGUACUGAAUAGUAUAGAAUCUGUUGAGUUAGGCCCAGAUUUCGCUAUUGCUUGGAUUAUUACUUGGUUUGCUCAUGUUCUACCUAAUAUGGAUGAUGUCAGACGCCUGUUCGAUUUAUUUUUAGCAACAGAUCCUAUCAUGUUGGUUUAUGUUUCAGUUGCUAUAAUUACUAUCAGUGCCAAAGAAGUGGAAUCAACACCGUUGGAUUUUGCUCUUUUGUAUCAAACACUUGCACGUCUACCUAAACUACAUCCUGUUGAGGAGCUUAUCCGUGAAGCUUUAAAAAUUUACAUCGAUUUAGAACCAGACAAAUUGAUUGAAUUAGGCAAUAAACGUAUUCUAAAAUAUCGUGAGCAAAAAUUACUAAACCGAUCACCAAUAAUACGUCAACCAUUUUCAAAAUCUACAAAUAAACAUAUAUUAUGGGGAUUAGUUACGCAGCAUCAAAGAACUAUUUUCUCUCUUAGUCUUAUCGUCGUUGUCAUUAGUUAUUUAUUAAAUAAAAGUUUAAAAGACUAGAAAAAAAAGAUGAAAAAAGACCUAGUUAUUACUGUUCAUAGUUUUGUAAUAAAGUUGAUUAUUUUCUAAGUUAUUUUGUCAAUACUUUAUUCAACUUUUUCAGAAACUUCUCUAUAAAUAUAUUUAUUAUUUCUUGAAAAUGCGUUCAAUGCAAGCUGAUGUAUGAAGUAGGUUCACCUCUUUUUAUUUCAGAAAUCUUUCUUCCCUUCUUUUUUUCACCCUGUUUUAUGUCUUUUUAUAUUAUGGAUAUUCUAUGUCUAUGUAGUAUUGUUGGUGAAUUGUAGGGUAGAUAAGGAAUCUGUUUGAUUUUUCUCCUUAGGAAAAUUUAUGAUAAUAAUUUGAUUAUUUAUUUUUAUUAUAUUUGUUUGUUUUUUUUGAUAAAUAAAUUUAUGGAACAAAUAUUUGUUCUGAUAUGAUAAAAGACACAUUGUUUCAACUAAUUUACUGGUUUGUUCUGCCUAUUAAAUGAACGUAAUAUAUUGUUACAUUCAGAACUGGUGUCUCCUAGAGUUAAUUCUAUUAAUAUAAAAUGCGUGAUUAUCUUCAUGAUGCAGGUGUAAAUCGAGCAAAUUUCAUAAGCUUAUUGGGUGAUGAAAAUAUUCUUAAAACUAGUCUACACAUCAUUUGACAUUUAUUUAUUUGAACACAUAAACACUGGUACAAAGGUGCACCGAAUACAUAUGCGCCAAAAAGUCACUUGAUUUGUGUGUGGGCUGUGAUACUGUCCGGGUGCCUACGCCGAAGCAGGUGGUUUUCUUAGGAGGCCACUCCCCCAACCUUUGACCUAAAGGUCUGCUCUACAGGGCAGUGGAGCAACGUCAGGAGAUACAAUCCUAUGGUAGCCGGUGACCGACUAUUGGUUCAUAUGCCGUUUGUUCUUUCAGGAUCCUGGAGCCCAUGUGGAUCAUUGGUUUGGAAUCAUGGUUUUCCAACUUUCCCAGGUGGAUCCUCAGUGUCCACCGAUCCGGUUAAAGCUCCGGACAUAAACUCAUUUCAUCAACUAACUAGUUAAAGAAGUUGAAAAUUAGGUCAAUAAAACAGUCGAUGUGAAUAAAUAUUUAAAGUUUAAUCAUACCUACUGAAAAUAAUAACUGAUCACUGAAUCACCUAUAUAGGAAUUCUUAAAGAUCAUUUUGCAGAGCCAUCAUUCUGUUUUUUCAUUUUAUAAUCUCGUGUAUCACUUAGAAAGCUUUACAAGAAUACUCUGUGUACAUGUGCAAUAUAAAUUUAUCAGAAGUUUUUCCUUAUUCUCAUUAUGUGAAUGGUUUCCGUCGAUUUAACUUUUCGAUUCCAUAUGAUCAUUAAUUGUUCUCAAAUCUAAUCAUCCAAUUUUAAUAUUCACUUUUGUUAAUUCAUUCAUCUCAUUUAAAAUAAAACUUCAAAUUAAUGUAGUGCAAUUCAAGGAUAGCUGACUUCAACAUCAAUUAUUUGUAUACCAUAAAAUAAAUUAAAGCGCUUUGUUUUGUACCCUACUCAAUUUAUGGUUAUUCCCCUAUGUCUACAGUUUAUUUACACUUCCUUAAAAAUGCAUACAAGGAGUGAAGAAUGGUUCAAUUAUGAUGUGACGUCAGCUCAUGGAGUCGUUGACUUGUUUUAAGCCAUGUUGAUAAGUGCCGACUACUUGGUCAAGGUGUACACAGUAAUCACAAUCAGUAGUUGAAGUUUUCAGGUACAGCUCAGAAUUAGUCACAUUCUCUUUUGUUACGCUAAGUAAUUCUUUCUUUUCGAACUGCAAUUUGAGCCAAUGCAUAUUUGCAUUAUAUCUUGUUUUAUUUGUAACUGUGAUGUAAGAGGUGACUCCAGUGACUAAAAAAUAUUCUGACUUAUACUAUUCAGUUUGUCGUUACUAUUCUUAAAAGCAAUUUAUUGUUUAUUCACUUCCCUAGAUUUGUCUGACAUCCAGUGAACUUUAACGUUUUGCUUCAUACGACAAUGAAAUUAAUCCGUAUUCCAUCAUUUAUCAUGGUGACUAAAUUUUAUUUACUAUUGUUAUUCUUUUUGGUGAGUUCGGAUAAAAAUGUUGUUUUAAAUAACAAUCCAUCUGAUUUUUAUCAACAAAUAAAUGCUUGGCCAGAUUUUCAAUUGGCAGCAUUCACUGAUUUAAAUGCUGAUCGUCGAAUGGAUAUUAUAUUUGCCAAUGGCGAUGGUUCGAAAUUAUUUGCUGUUCUACAAUCUGACAAUAAAGGUUUUCAAUCCACUUCACCAAUACUAUCUAGUGUGAGAUUUUCUCCACCUGUUGAAAUAAUUGGUAAUUCUUUGUCUAAGCCUGUUCGUGGUGUUGCUACUUCUGAUUUCAAUGGAGAUUCUCGGACUGAUCUUUUACUAGUCACCGGUAGUUCAGAUAGGGGACCAUUUGAUGUAUAUGUAGCUUAUGGCUCAAGUGGUGAAUAUCGUGGGAAAUUCGGUUCACCAAAAUUUCUGGAUACUUUUACUUCUCAACCAUUAGUAUGCGAUUUAAAUUCUGAUAUGAUUGCUGAUGUAUACGGCGAAGUGUCAGGACAUCGAGUAGCAUAUAUAGGCGGAAAUGAGCUUACGAAAUUAUCCACUGCCUAUUCUGGCCCUUCAUGGUCUCGACUUGGUUAUUCAGCUUUCGGGGAUAUCAACAGAGAUGGUGUUCCUGGUAAGCCAGCUAUUCAAUUGGAAACUUGUCGCAAUGUUGUUGCAUUGAAAAGCCUGUUUUUCCUUUUCUCUUUUUUUGUUGGUUUUUCACCAUCAUGUAGAAAGUUGUAUUAUAAUUAGAAUUUAACACUUCGUAAAUAGAUUUACUUUUCAUAAAAAGUUGAUAUGUGAUUACCGAUUUUGUUGUAUUUUCACUUUGAAAUUCUCUUUUAAACAAUUAUUCAUAUAUUAUAAGUAUAUUCUUUGUAAUCAGUGUUAAUAGUAUUAUGGAGCAGUCAGUUAGUGACUUUCAAUCAAUAAUUUUCAGGUUUAAACCUCUUAUUCCAUUUACUUCGGUUUGGACAGCUAAGUAGAUUCAUUAGCCUUAACCCAAAAAUGGUGGCUAGAAUCUGAUUACGUAAACAUGUACGCUUAGCAGAUGAGAUGCAUAACAUUCACUUAGGUAGUGUUGUAAUAUAUUUUACUUGGAAAAUAAAAUAGUUUUUAAUUUUUACAGUACGUAGGUUUUAACAUAUAUCUUCAAUAGUACAUGUUUACAUAAUAAAGGGAAUCAAACAAACUUGUUUCUGGACAUAAUUCCAGCAUCCAUUAGAUAUCCGUUUUACUAUUAAAAUAAUUCAUUGAUUGUCUUAUCUGUAUUUGGCUCCUUUUUCCUUUUAUGAUUUUAUUGAUUAGACAAAUACAUACAGUGAAAUCAUUGUCUCUUGUAUCAGCUUUUUUGUGUAAUAAAGAUAAUAGGUUGCUUCUGUCAUAUAGUUUAGCUCCCAGAAGGGAAAGACAGGAAUAUAAUUGGUGAAAAAUAACGUAUUAAGUUGAUAGAAUAAAAGAAUUAACAAAAUUCAAGAUGAUAUUUAACAUGAUCAGCAUUGGAUUUUCCUACACAUUAAUUAAAGGAAAUUGUCACUGAAAUGCGACAAGAAAUUCUCUGUGGAAGCCAAUAGAACAAUACCAAUAAUUCACUUCUAUAAAUAAAUUAUGAUGCUGAAGUACAUAACGAAUGCAGUAUAUAUUAUACUUCUAUCACUUCUGCUUCAUAUUUCAGUGCAAAAUAGAGGUUGACUUCUAUGAUUGUUAUUCAGUAAACUUGAGCGCCUGCGUUGUGUAAUCAUUACUGGUAUAUUAGUGCUAAACUGUUUUAGGUAACAGUUUACUUGGGUAUACCUAAACAGUUUAUCGUUAAAAUAACAGGUUGUUAAAAUUAUACUUCAGUAUUUUACUGGACGUCAAUAUUUUUAUUGUCACAAUGUCAGUGCGGUAAAUUUAAAAAUUUAGUUUUUAUUUGGUAAUCUUAUGUUUUGUUCCAACUGAGGGUAAUUACUAAGACUGGCUGUCAAUCAAGCUAACAAUUUUGUAUAUUCAUAUACUUACUUUUCGUGAAUGACAUUUAUGUAGAUAUUGUAAUCCUUGUGGAUAAUGAGAAUACACAACAAUUACAGGUGAUACUACGUACUCAAUCAUCGAUUGGUUCUUUGCCUGAUGUAACUAAUGCUGAAUUAAUUGAUCUCGAUCCUAAGUUAUUAAGUACUCCACAAUCUGUUUUGGGAUUAUUCGUGUUGAAUGAUUUCGGUAAGUAUUUAGUGUUUUCAUUUUAAAACAAGUUUGAAACUAUAAAACUGGAGUGUGUAUUGUCAGUAAAACAGUUAUAGAGUCUAUAAGCAGCGUUUAAUGGGGUUUUCAGCUCCUUCUUAAUAUAUAGGAGAGGCUUCAGUGAUCAAACUGCAACUUGUCACAUGAGAGAAAUUUUCGCUUAUCAACUGUCCAGUUUGAUAAAUCCCCCUUAAGUUUGAAGCAGUUUGGGCAUAAUAGACAGGGCCAACAGGUUUCUAAUAUGAAAGUUUGCGCGAUCUAAUUUUACUAACUCACGGUCUCUUUUUCUAUCAGGAAUAGAUUUCAACAACACGUAGUUACUAAACCACUACGACCAAUACCCAUAGGAGUUAUUGUGUCAUUUAGACUUCUUGAUCGACCAUACUGACAUAGAUAGUCAUUGACGUGAAGAUUAUCGUCGAUAAUUGGCAAAGCACUUAGUUCUACCUGUCGAUUUGUGCAUUAUGAAUUUAUUUCAUAUGAGUAACUCGUAUUUAUUCUCUUUUAUUUUAUGGGUUAAUCGUAAUCUGUUUUCUUACUGGUUGAUGCGAAUUUUAUUCGUCCGAUCAUAUCAUACAACUGAUUUUCAGCCUGUAUGCAUUGAGUCAAGUUUUGUUGUUGAGUCCAUUAUCUUGAGUAUAAGUUUAACAUAAACCAAUUAUUUGUUAUAAAAUCACUCAGUACUUAUAUGCAUUCAUACACAAAUAUCCCAAGAAUUUAGGACGGUUUUUUGACUUCAUUUGAUCUCGUGUACGGCAGAUUAAACACUCCUAAAUGACUGUAAUCUUCAGUAACUUGGUUCAAAACAAAGGAUGCAUGAAACAAUGACAAAAUGGCUGCAGCUCUUUUUUCCUGAUUCCCAAUUUCUUUCGCUUUAUAACUAAUCCUUUCUUCAGUACCUUUGUUUUUGGUCGAAUAUUAGCUUGUCGAGUUAGUAAACUAGCAUGUAAUUCUGUAAAGGAGCUUAUGUAAGACAAAUCAUGCCAUACAUGGAAGUAAGGAUGGGAUAAUGUUCACCUAUUAACCCUUUAUCCAUUUUCUUAGUUGUCCAAAACUUCUUUCACAACGUUUGAUUUGUUGACUUUGAUUUAUUAUAGCAAACUUGGUUCUGAUAAAAUUCAAUGAACCCAGUCGAAGUACUAUGAAAAACAUUCAGCAAUGUCCAAAUCUUUAGGAGUUACUUUUUACUUGUAUUAUAUGUUAAAAUAAUAACACAUUACCAGUCAAGGUGGAACUAUGCGAUACCCUUUAGCCAAUCAGGUUCUAAGCGUAAACUUUUAAGUUUUGGUGGACGAUCAAAUCAAACUGAUAUUGAAUGUCGAUCGUUUAAUUAGUAAUUUGUAGAAUAUCAUCAUAGAGUAGUACUUUAGAUGUAAAGACGAGUCUGUUUUAUAGACGAACUCAUUUAUCUAAGUAUACCAUAUUUACCUUGAGAUGUGAAAGUUUUAGAUUCGGUCCUGUACUGGUUCAUAGGUGCAUCUUAAGGUAUCUUCGACUACAACAAAACAGUUACUCUGUAUUACAAUCAGGUUUUUGAUUUUAGAUCUCAGCUUGUAAUGAUUGACAUUUGUUCUGUUCGUAUGUGAAUCUGUUAAGUUAUUGUGCCAAAUAGUAAUGUACAUAAUAUUAAUAUUGCUGAUGGAAAUUAUUAUCAUUAUUAUUAUUUGAUUUUUCUACUAUGGUAGACUAUGAUGGCUCAAUUGAUUUACUUCUACCUGUAUGCAGAGACGCUAAAUGUUUGGAUACCAGUAGUAUAUAUAUAUAUUCUUUCAAAGAUCGAAAGGUUAGUUUUCGCUUCUCUGUGUUAUAUUAUUAUUAUUAUGAAGAAGAAGAAGAAAAAUACAACCAGAAAGGAUAUUUCUAGUUAAAGAAGUUGUUUCCUUUUUUAUGAUGAAAGUAAAAGAAUGAUACGUCAGGAUCGCCACGGGCCUUAUGGUUAUCCUUGUCUGAUAACAUCUCAAGCCAUUGUGUUGCACCAUCUCUGGAACCUCAACUGGAGAGUCACGAAGGUCCAUCAGAAGCCAGUCCUGUACAGCUUUCCUUGAUACCACGACGCUAUGUCAUACACUGAUAAUCUCCACUUUUUCCAUCUAGUCCCAGUGCGAUGUGGAAUUCUCUGGGACGACAUGUCCAAGCCAUCGAAGUUGGUGUUUCAAGAUGGUGACACCAGCCUAAUUAUCGUCGCUCUUCCCGAACACACGAUGACGAACCUCUGUAUUACACACAUUUUGUUGCUACUGGAUGUCAGCAAUCUUUCGGUGACAACGAUGAUCAGACACGGAGAGUUAUCUAACAUUUUCAAGUUGGAGAGUCCAGGUUUCACAAGCAUAAAGCAAAAAUGCUCUCACCGACGCGUUGUAGAUCCGACCUUUGACAGACACACUAACAUCACGAAUGCAAACAAGGGAAUAAUCGGAGUCCAGAUAGGUACUCCAAAAGGAGCGGCAGUCAUGUACGCAACCAUGCCAGCGUUAGCUGAUCGCGAUGUGAUCAAUCUGAGUCCAGGUUUGAAAUGCAGAGGCAGGACGCCAGAUGACACAUCGGUGAUAACUGUGCAGGUAGUUAGUGCUAGCCAGAAACAGGUUAUGGUCUGCUCACAGUUGCAGUAGACGGUCCCCGUUAUCUGACCUGAGACCAACACGUCCCUAUCGGCCACCUAAAUGACUUUCUUCUGUGCCUAGACGCCCGACCUGAGCAUUCAAGUCUCCGGCUAGUACUACAAUAUCUGUCGGACGUACGAUCUGUAGAAGAACAGAUAACUGGUGGUGAAACUCAUCCUUGAUGGCAACCGGGCUGCAAUCUGUCGGAGUUUAGGUAGAGACUACGAAAAGACAUCGUUUCUCACACCAACUUCUUCGCAUUUUGAUUCUUUCAAACCUAACAGCAGAUAACCGACUGUUAAUGGGGUUCAAAUCGAUUAGUUUUACCUCAGCUUUAGCCCUUAGUGCGACACCAACGCCAGCAGGACCAGGCAAAGAUUCCACAGAGUUCUCCGAUAAACGCACGCGAAACAAGCUUUUCAAAGCUACAGAUGGGGAGUGAAUUUGUAGUGCUUCGCUAGAGUUUUGAAUAUGGGUCUCGGAUAGACAACAGACAUCGAUAUUAAGACGUUUUAAAGACAGCCAGCCCUGUCUGUUGUCCGAUCUGCAUUAGUGUGCGAGUGUUGAAGGAGGCCAAUUUGGAUGGUAUACGUGGUUUCAGAAAGGCUGGUUCGGAUUUCGCAUUCAGUGGUACCACUCAAUUUCCGACCAAUCAGUGAUUUGAGAUCGUUUGGAUAGGACAGAAUUUCCACCACAGAUGAGCUGCUGUGUGAAUGGAGAAAUAAAAGAAUAUACAGAACGGAAAUAAAGGAAUAAACAAGUGAAGCAAUGUUAAAUAAAACGGGCAAUAAUGAGUAGUUUUGAGUUUGAUUUUAGAGAAUGAGAAUUAAAGCGUGAGUGGUUUUUCUAGUUGUAGUCAUUAUUUAGUUUACAUGUGAGCUGGGAUACACCCCGAGUGCCUAAACUGAAGCAGGUGGUUUCCUUAGAACCCACUUGCCGAGCCUCUGAUUUAGUGGUCUAAUUUAGAAGGCGGCAGAGCAACGUUAGGAGAUGUAGUAUCAUGGUAACUGGUGACCGAAUAUAGGUCCAUACGCUAUUCGGCGGCGUGCUUGAAUAUCUGAGCUACCUGUUUCUGCCAUCUGAUUAUUUCAACAAGUUAUCUGUUUUUCAUUUGUUUUAAUUUAUAAUUAUGUCCAUUAAUCGCAUAACCUAUUCAGGCGCUUUUAUGAAAAACCUACGACCUUUCGCUGCACAAGUUACGAAAAAGUACUAUAAAAGGCAUCGUGGUGGUUGGCAAUAUGCGUUAAAGAGAAUGAACAUUAAUCGUAUGCCAAUUCCCGAGCUGCUAAAUUCUAACUACCGAUCAUUAAUCAACAAAGUGGACUAUCUGCAAUUCCUACUUAGUCAAAAUACGUAUCGUAAUUGUAGUGUUAUCAUAAUUCAAGAAUCUUGGUUGAAUGAUUUACAAGAUGACUGCCAUGUAUCACUACGUGAUUUUAAUAUUUAUCGUCAGGAUCGAUCGAACAAUAAAAAGAGGUGUGGUGGCGGUGUAGCUGCGUUUGUAAACAUAAACUGGUGUCGAUCUUCGUUUGUGUGUUUUAAGUUUUCAAAUGACUUUAUCGACUGUCUAACUCUAAGAUGUCGUCCAAAACAUCUGAAUAAAUACAAAUAUGUUUAUAUUACCAAUAUCUACGUGACUUCAGAUUGUACAUUAUCUGCACUAUCUGUUUUUGCUGAUGAAUUCACUGAGUUCUCUGUUACUGCCUUCAGUGAUUCACUUUCAAUUGUAUGUGGUGAUUUCAAUUCAUGUGACUGUAGCUUCCUUACGUCACUAGGUCACCAAAAUGUAGUGAAUUUUCCUACCCGUUUGGAUGCUCAUCUAGACUUCGUCUUCAUUAAUGAUGUGGGUAUAUAUGCGACUCGUAAACGUGCUCCAUUGUCUAGCUCAGAUCACUGUAUAAUUCGUGUUCUACCUAAAGUAUAUGGAAAGCAUGGGAAGAGUACACUCUUACGUCAACCCAAGAAAGUCAAAUAUAGGAAUUACUCAGAAGAAAAUAUCCGAAAUCUGAAAAACAUGCUUCAUACGACUAACUGGGAAUUAUUUACAGAUGACUCACUCGAAAACACUACUGAUGUUAUCACUUGUUACCUUAAAUUCUGUUUUGAUAUUUGUUGUCCCACUGAAACCAUUUUUGUAAGUUUUGAUCGACUUACAUCUUCACAACUAAAACGACUACGGAGGAUGAAAGAAAGAAUGUACAAGGAGAAGAAAUCUAAUGAAGUUCGUAAGCUAAGUGGUCUGAUAAACCUAGAGAUUAGACGUCUCAACUGUAUGUUUACUCAAAAACUCUUAUCUUGCAAAAACUCUCCAAGUAUGUGGAAACUCUUUAAAGAACUUACAGGUGACAGACAGAUUAGGAGCGAUAACCAGCUGAAUGUUUGUGACUUAAACAAGUAUUUUGUACAUCAGUCAUCUGACGUGAUGCUCCCUCUAUCCACGGGUUUAAAAAAUAGCUGUGUUCCUACUUUCACUGAAACUGAUGUACGAGGAUGUCUCCAGUCGCUUAAUUCAUCUCGAUGUUUGGGACCUGAUGGUAUCCUAAACAUCCUUUUUAAAAAAUGUGCUGACGUUCUGUGUCAUCCGUUCACAACUAUAUUUAACAGAUCCUUCUCAUCUAAUCUCAUACCGAAAAUGUGGAGAAAGAUGAAGAUAAUUCCUGUACCCAAGAAAGCAUUUGGUGAUAAGAAUGUAAAAUUUAGACCUGUUGCAAUAACUUCACCCUUCCUCAAAACCAUGGAAAAAUUAUUAAUACUUCCACUUCAGCCUGCGAUAAAAGAGCAUACUGACCCAUACCAGUUUGCAUACAGGCGCAAAAGAAGCACUUUAGAUGCUGUUGUAGUUCUGCAUCACAACAUAGUGUUCAACUUAGAAAAGGGUAAGAAGUAUGUUCGAUGUGCUUUUCUGGACUAUACUUCAGCUUUUGACUCUAUACCAAGACAACGUUUACUUAACAAGUUAAUCAGCGUCAACACUGACAGCUGGAUAACCAACUGGCUAUGUUCCUACCUCUCUGGAAGGGAACAGUACACUGUGUUUGGAGGAAAGUGUUCAGAGUCUCUACUGUCUCAGGAAGGUGUACCACAAUGAGCUGUUCUUUCACCUCUUUUAUUCUCUUCUUUUCUGCAUGACCUGCCAUCUUCCACAGAAAACACUUUUGUGAACUAUGCGGAUGAUCUCACUGUAUGUAUGCCUAUAUCUUCGUCUUUACAUCCCAUAGAAAUGAAUGAGUUUUUGUCUCGUACUGAUUGUUGGUCUGUUGGUAAUGGUCUCAUACUUAAUCCGUCUAAAUGUCAAGCUGUUAACUUUAGCAUGAGACAUGAACGGAAUAUAAACACUAUUUUGAGAUCCCAUAGUGCUUGUACCAUCGGGGACUCUUUGAUAUACUCAGUGUCGAAGGUCAAUUAUCUUGGUAUCACCUUUUCCUCUGAUCUGUCUUGGUCUUCCCACGCUUUAUCGUUAUCGAAGAAGGUUUUCCGUCUGACCUACUACAUAAAGAGAUUCCAUGCUCUUGGAAUUACUCGUCAUUUACUCUUACAGUUUGUCAAUUCUUGCAUAUUACCUAUUAUUCUUUACUGUUCUCCAUUAUUCUUUCCCG